CAAGAGAGGCUUUAGAUGGCCGAUCAACAGCUAGGAGUGCUAAAGGCACUUGAUGUUGCAAAGACGCAACUUUACCAUUUCACGGCGAUUGUCAUCGCCGGUAUGGGUUUCUUUACGGACGCCUACGAUCUCUUUUGUGUUUCCUUGGUCACCAAGCUUCUUGGCCGCCUCUACUACUUCAAUCCAGCGUCAGAAAAGCCUGGCUCACUUCCCCCUCAUGUUGCGGCUGCAGUCAACGGUGUGGCCCUUUGUGGAACCCUUGCUGGUCAGCUCUUCUUCGGAUGGCUCGGUGAACAACUUGGACGGAAAAAAGUGUACGGUAUCACUUUGAUCAUGAUGAUUGUUGCUCAGUUGCUUCCGGACUACCCUCUAUCUGCCACCAUCAUGUCUGAAUACGCUAACAAGAAGACUCGUGGGGCUUUCAUCGCGGCAGUGUUCGCUAUGCAAGGUGUAGGUAUCUUGGCGGGAGGUUUUGUGGCACUCGCAGUGUCUUCUAUAUUCGACAAAAAGUUCCCAUCGCCGACGUAUGCCCAAGACAGGAUUCUCUCAACGCCUCCUCAAGCUGAUUACAUUUGGCGAAUCAUUGUCAUGUUUGGCGCUUUACCCGCGGCUUUGACCUACUACUGGCGUAUGAAGAUGCCUGAAACUGCCCGCUACACUGCUUUAGUUGCCAAGAACAUUAAGAAAGCCACACAAGACAUGUCCAAGGUCUUACAAGUGGAUCUUGAGGUUGAAGAAAGGGCGGAGGACCCCAAACUAAACUAUGGCUUGUUCUCCAAGGAAUUCCUUAGACGCCAUGGGCUUCAUCUCCUUGGGACUACCUCCACUUGGUUUUUGCUUGACAUCGCCUUCUACAGCCAAAACUUGUUCCAAAAGGAUAUUUUCUCGGCCAUUGGAUGGAUCCCAAAGGCAGCCACUAUGAACGCCAUCCAUGAGGUUUUCAAGAUUGCUAAGGCUCAGACUCUCAUUGCCCUUUGCAGUACAGUCCCAGGUUACUGGUUCACGGUUGCUUUUAUUGAUAUCAUUGGAAGGUUUGCGAUCCAACUAAUGGGAUUCUUUUUCAUGACGGUCUUUAUGUUCGCCAUUGCCUUCCCAUACAACCACUGGAUUUUACCAGAUAAUCGUAUCGGAUUCGUGGUUAUGUACUCACUCACAUUUUUCUUCGCCAACUUUGGACCCAAUGCAACCACUUUCAUUGUCCCAGCUGAAAUCUUUCCGGCCAGGCUUAGAUCUACGUGCCAUGGAAUAUCAGCCGCGACAGGUAAGGCUGGAGCUAUCGUUGGAGCCUUCGGGUUCUUAUAUGCUGCUCAACCACAGGAUAAGACCAAGACAGACGCAGGAUACCCACCGGGCAUCGGAGUCAAGAACUCACUGAUCAUGCUUGGUGUCAUUAACUUUGUUGGUAUGCUCUUCACCUUCCUCGUCCCUGAGCCCAAAGGCAAGUCCCUUGAAGAACUCUCCGGCGAGGCUGAGGUUGAUAAAUGAUUAUGCCGUGAUAUAUUUGUCAUUGGUUUUGUGCAUUCUUACCUUUUACGUUUUUUUUUUGCGAUGAGUGAAUUAUAUUUGCAAUGGUGUACUACUUCUACUUUUGCUUUUUGUUUUAAUGUGUGUGCAACCUGUUAAGAAGUAAACUCAUGUUAUGUUCAUAACUGUGAAAUUCUAGCCGCUUAACACGGCCCAUGAAUA